AUGGUUAAAGUUACUGUUUGUGGUGGUGCCGGUGGUAUCGGCCAACCUUUAUCACUCUUGGUUAAGCUCAAUCCCAACGUUUCUGAGUUGGCUAUAUUUGAUAUUGUAAACGCCAAGGGAGUGGCUGCUGACUUAUCGCACAUCAAUACUUCAGCCGUAGUGACGGGAUACCAACCCAAAGAUAAGGAGGAUAAAUCUGCCAUUGAAGGUGCUUUAAAGGGUACAGAUAUUGUGGUCAUACCCGCCGGUGUACCACGUAAGCCAGGUAUGACCAGAGCCGAUUUGUUCAAUGUCAAUGCGUCUAUUGUUAGGGACUUGGCUGCUAGUAUUGCUAAGGUUGCACCUAAUGCUAGAGUAUUGAUUAUUUCUAAUCCUGUUAAUUCUACUGUGCCAAUCGCUGCUGAAGUGUUUAAGAAGUUGGGAGUUUUCAACCCUCAUAAGCUCUUUGGUGUCACUACUUUGGAUUCCGUUAGAGCAGAAACCUUUUUAGGAGAUUUGUUGCUGGUCUCACCAGGCUAUGUUAAGGGCAGAAUCUCUGUUAUUGGAGGUCAUUCCGGUGACACAAUUGUGCCCUUGACAAACGUUGUUCCGGAUAUUAACGGAUCCAAAUUGUCUGGCGAAGCAUAUGCUAAAUUUGUUCACAGAGUUCAAUUUGGUGGUGAUGAAGUUGUUCAGGCUAAAAAUGGGGCUGGCUCAGCCACUUUAUCUAUGGCUUAUGCUGGUUACAGAUUCACAGAACAUAUAAUUGAAUCUUUGGUCGGGAAUAGAACAAGUGAUUCCAACAGAAUUUCAGACUCUGCUUAUGUAUAUUUGCCAGGCUUGGAAGGUGGGAAUGAUUUGGUUAAGCUGCACUUAAAUGGUGUGGAAUAUUUUUCAGUUCCUGUUGAGUUGGAGAAUGGUCAAAUCAAAUCAUUUGUUGAUCCAUUUACUCUGUUAAACAUCACUGACGACGAAAGGAAAUUAGUAGAUGUUGCUCUUAAAGGCUUACAGAGUUCAAUUGACCAAGGAGUUAACUUUGUAGCUGGUUCUAAGUUAUAG